AUGACACUCAACAACACCCAAAAAGCCAAAAUCCACAAAGUCAUCGACGAAUUCGCCCGCGCUCCCCUGGAGGCCACGCCAAUCGCCCAAAAGCCUCUGUCAGCAACACCAGAGACAGUCCUUGCGAUGGUUCUUGACGCCCUGCUUAAGUCACGACCAAUUUCUCACGAACUAUCGCAAAAGGCAGUCAACCACAUAAUCGAUGUCGGAUACCAUGAUAUCGAGAAACUGAGCAACAGCAGCUGGGAAGAGAGGGCAAUGGUCUUGGCGGAAGGAGGAUAUAAUCGAUAUAAUGAGAAAGAGGCAACAAAUCUGGGGGAAUUGGUACGGUUGGUAGAGGGGAAGUAUGACGGAGAUCUCAACAACCUCCUAAAAAACGUAAACCGCAACCCAUCAAAAGCCCGACAACUAGUCAAAGAAGUCAAAGGACUAGGCGAUCUAGGCGUCGAUAUCUUCUUCAACAAUGUGCAGAGUAUCUGGCCCUCGAUGGCGCCAUCAAUCGAUGCACGAAGUUUGAAGACAGCGGCAGAGAUUGGGAUUGGGGGAGAUGUUGAUGUCAUAUAUUCUGAGUUGAAGCGUAAUUCAUUGCAGAUGAGUAUAUUUGCAAAUGGAUUGUCUGAAGUGAGCCGGAUUGUUAACCUGGUCGUGGCGGUGAUCAUGGUGCUGGGUGGUAUUGCGCAGUUCUUCCCCAUCUCCAUGAGCUCCAUCAUUGCUGGAAUCUACGUUAUCCUCUUUGGUGUCGUUGUCGGUGGGUUGGAAUUCCUGCCUCACGUGCCGGACUAUGUCUACCGCUAUGCGUCUUUCCUCUUCUCCUUCUUGGGACGAGGUGUUUUCUACAUCUUCGUUGGAUCGCUCUUGCUGCACGACGGUGUUUUGCGUUACAUUGCCGGUUCCAUUGUCGGUUUCAUCGGUGUUGGAUACCUGGCCCUCGAGUUCAUUCCCUCCAUCGAGCCCCCUUCAAACAUGCGCGAGGCCGACCAGGGCUGGGGUGCUGAGCAGGUUUAA